AUGGCCAUCGCGUGCUUGCCCCACCCCACCCCCGAGAAAGAGAACCCAACCCCCACAUGGCUCCGUACCCCGGCACGCUGGGAGAUCGAGGUCACCUUCGCCGCCGCGACGGUCCUCGUCCUCGCCGCGCUCUACGCGCUCCUCCGCCCGCGCCGCCGCGCGCCCGCGGCUGCCGCCGACGGCCCCCAGACCGCCGACAAGUGUCACGAGGGAGCGCCGCCGGCGUAUGCUGUCAAGCUGAAGCUGCUGGCCGCCAAGGAUUUGAUCGCGGCCAACUUGAACGGCACCUCCGACCCGUACGCACUCAUCACCUGCGGCCAAGAUAAGCGUUUCAGCUCCAUGGUUCCUGGCUCAAGAAACCCAAUGUGGGGAGAGGAAUUCAAUUUUGUUGUUGACUGUCUUCCUGCAAAGAUAAAGGUGGAACUAUAUGACUGGGACCUAGUAUGGAAAAGCACAACACUUGGUUCUGUUACAGUUCCAGUUGAGUCUGAGAAGCAGAGUGGACCAGUUUGGUAUACACUUGACAGCUCAUCAGGGCGGGUUUGUCUCCAUAUCAAGGCAAUCAGGGUUAAUGAGAGUUCCUCCAGGGCUCUAAACAACUCUGCCGAGGCUGAUGCUCGUAAAAGGAUGUCCUUAGACAAAGAAGGCCCUAUUGUCGUUCACCAAAAGCCAGGUCAUUUACAGACAAUUUUUGGGCUACCUCCAGAUGAGGUUGUUGAACACAGUUAUUCAUGUGCACUUGAGAGGUCAUUUCUGUAUCACGGCCGCAUGUAUGUGUCUUUAUGGCACAUUUGCUUCUAUUCGAACAUCUUCUCUAAGCAGAUUAAGGUUGAGCUCCCUUUGAGAGAUAUUGAUGAGAUAACAAAAAGCCAACUUGCAGUUAUUAAUCCUGCAAUUACGAUAUUUCUUCGAACGGGAGCUGGAGGACAUGGAGUUCCUUCCUUAGGAUGCCCUGAUGGAAGAGUUAGAUAUAUAUUUGCAUCGUUUUGGAACAGAAACCACACAAUUAGAGCACUGGAACAAGCUGUGAAGAACUUCCAUACCAUGAUAGAGGCUGAGAAACAGGAACGUGCUCGAUCUGCAUUACGUGCACUCAGUGGCUCAAGAAAAAAUAGCAUGGAGAUAGAUGUUCCAGAAGAUUGUGCUGAUUUAAUAGGUCUAUUACAACCUUUUGUCAAAGAAGAAGUUCUAGUCUCUGUAUUUGAUGGAACAUUUCCGUGUACUGCAGACCAGUUUUUCAAUAAUCUUAUAAGUGAUGACUCAACUUACACAACAGAAUAUCGAACAGCUCGUCAGGAUAAAGAUAUCAAACUGGGCCAGUGGCACCUUGCAGACGAGUAUGAUGGUCAGGUGAGAGAACUUAACUGUAAAUCCAUGUGCCACAGUCCGAUGUGCCCUCCAUAUUCAGCAAUUACAGAGUGGCAGCAUACGGUUCUUUCAGCUAACAAAACCGAUCUGGUAUUCGAGACUGUACAACAAGUACAUGAUGUUCCCUUUGGUUCCUAUUUUGAGAUACACUGUAGAUGGUCUGUGAAAACCAUCGAUUCUAGUUCGUGCAGUGUUGACAUUAGUGCUGGUGCACAUUUCAAGAAAUGGUGCAUAAUGCAGUCUAAGAUAAAGAGCGGUGCUGUGGACGAGUUAAAGAAGGAAACUAGAGAAAUGUUAGGGUUUGCGGAGUCGUAUAUGCUAAAAGUUAGCUUCCCUACCCAAGAAGACAACACGGAGCCAGACGCAGAUGACAAACCUGGUGAUCAGUAACUCAUGACAGCCUAUUUGAGCAUGCUCUCUUCUAAUGGCAGCCACGGUCCCGUGAUGGUGGUUUAUGAUGAUACCCAGUGGACCUGUAACUGUAACUAGUCCAAAUUUGAUAUGAUUAGCUGCCUUAAAGAAGAAAAAUGUUUAGGAAGUCCUAUAUUGUGUAAACUUUUGGCUUACGUAUAUCUCUUUUUCUUUAAAAGAGAAGGAUAACCCUGGCCUCUGUAUCAUUGCAUGCACACAACCAUAUUUAUUAAACGACGAGUAUCAAGAUCUUU